GGCUACAUUGCCCCCGAGCAGCGCACCGCCGCCUACGACCGCCCCGCGGAUGUUUGGGCCUUUGGAGUUAUUGCUGCUCGGCUGUUAGGGUUUAGGGACUGGAAGGCUUUGUCGGAGCCCAAGUACAAGACCAGUCUUCAUCUUUUCAAACACCAAGAUCCCUUCUUAGUAAACUUGACGCUCGCAUGCUUGGAAACAGACCCGCGCAUGCGGCCCACCUUUGAGCAAAUUGUCAACCGCAUUGUGGAUGAGCUGUUUCGGGUCGAGUUCGAGAGGAUUUUGAGGACUGCCUACAGAGACGUGCUGCCGCUGCAGCAGCGGGAUUUGUGCUGCUGCCCCUUCCAGCAGCAAGUCCUUCAGAUAGAGCAGCAGCAGCAGCAGCAGCAGCAGCAGCAGCAGCAGCAGCAGCAGCAGGGCUGUGGGGCCCCGGAAGACGCCCUGGUCUCCCCAGGCAUUCUUGCCCCCCCAAUGUGGAGCUACAGGGGGGGCCCCCAGGGGCCCCCCUUUGGGUCAGGGGCCCCCCUAGCUUUGUCUUUAAGUGCAUGCAGCUCUCCGCGGAAUGCAGGAGCAGGGGCCCCCUCAGACUACCUCGAGGGGCCCCCCUUGUUGGACUCUCCGGGGGGUCUUGGGGAUCCGCUCCCAGCAGCAGCAGCAGCAGCAGCAGCAGCAGCAGGGGCGCAGCAGGCGCAAGACAAGCCCGCCGCUGCGCCUGCUGCAGCACCAGCAGCAGCUGCUGCUGCUGCUGCUGGUUUCCCGCUAUCAGCAGCAGAUGGGGGGCCCACAGGGGGGGCCCCCGUCCGCACGGGGGGUGGCCCCCGAAAGUCGGGGCCUCCGUAUAGCUCAGCAGCAGCAGCAGGAGCUGCUGCUGCUGCUGCUGUUGCUGCUGUUGCUUCUCGCUCCUCCCCAAGGAGAAGCAUAGGGGCCCCCCACCUCCUGGGGCCCCGUGCUGCUGCUGCUGCUCUUGAGGGGCCCCCAGCGUUCACAAGAGGUGACCCUGAUGGCAGCAGCAGCAACAACAACCUUCCCAAAAAGGGGCCCCAGGGGGCCCCCCACGGGGGCCCCCAGGGGGGCCCCCAGGGGGCCCACCUGGGGUCGCCGUCCCUCAGGGGGCGCAACGGGACCCGCCGAAUGAAGCCGCAGCCGACCCCCAACAGCAGCAGCAGCAGCAGCAGCAGCAGCAGCAGCAGCUACAGAGCUGAGAGCAGCAGCGGCAGCUCUCACAGCGAAACUGGCAAGAGAAGCAAAAGGCACAGAAGAA